AUGCCGCCUGGUGCGAAGUUGCAACCUGAUGGCGAACCUACGACUAUGGCGAUUGGUGAGGAGCAAACAGCCUCAUUCAAAGGUCAAGCCGUCCACGGCGGUGGCUCGUGCCAGUUUGCCGUAGCCGGACCCGUAAGUGACGGCGAUUGGGCAAGCUUCCCUCUCCGUGAUGCUCAGUGGAAGGUCUUUCAUUCCAUUGAAGGGGGUUGCCCAGCCCGAAAUCAGAGAGGGAACCUCGACGGCCUAAACCAAGACAAGUACUCCUUCACGAUACCGCCUGGAAUAGAGCCAGGCGAUUACGUUUUCUCAUGGACCUGGUACCCCCGCAUCGGCGGCCAACCGGAAGCCUAUCAAAAUUGCGCCCCUAUUACUGUGACUUCGGCCAAAGCUAAGCGUCAUGGCGGCUCGGCCCGUCGUGCACUUCUCACUAAAAAGGUGGACAUAUCCUUUCCAGAGCUCUUCAUGGCCAACAUGGGCUCGAUCUCGGGAUCGUGCACGACUGAUGAAGCGUUGCAAAAGCAGCUCGCUAUCGCAUUCCCCAACCCAGGUCCCUCUGUGGAGCAUCCCGAAGGUACGGCCAACUUAUUCCAGCAGCCUUGCGAUGGCAAUCCCCGGGCCCUAAAGAACCAGGGUCAGCUUCAAAGUGGAGUGUCUUCUAGCUCUCCCUCCUCUGCAAGUGUAGUGGCGAGCACGCCGUUUUCUCGAACGAGCUCUACUUCCGUACUAGACGACAAUAAUCAUAACACCACCAGCACUACCGAUACAUCCAGUAUCGGCUACUACUCGACUGAUGAUCCACCAGCCCCAACGUCUGUGUCCGUUUUGGGUUCGUCUAUUGGCCCAACUCCGACUUCCCCUUCUGUGACGCACCCCACGCAGAGCGCUGAAACGUGCACAGAGGGCCAUCUUACGUGUCUGGAUGACGAAACUCACUUUGCAACCUGCACCGGUGGACAACUGACACCGGCCCAGCCCAUCGCCUUGGGAUACAAGUGCCGGGCUGGUUCCGGGGUUGGGCUCGACAUCUACCCAGCUUAGGGAGCCCAGGGAGCCCAGGGAGGUAGUUAUUUGCUCCAGAAAGUCUGGAAGCCGACACUGUGGGUUACGAUCAACGUGCGGGUUUUUUCUUUGAUAGAUUUGAUCGAUUAGCAGGAUCGGGUAAGGAAGGUAUACUGUACUGUAUGCACCAUGUAUGUAUGUAUGUAGGGACUAUGUCCACAAGUAAUAACCAGAUCUUUCUAAUGAAAUCGAGAUAUUUCUUCUUCUUUCGGCCGUCACCUGGUAUCCGUUAGUAAUACGAACAGACUUAUUGAAAAGUUUGAUGUUAAUGGUUCCGGACUAUUAAUUUACUGAGGACGAGCGGAACCUGCCUUGACAGUGAUACCUAGUCCUGAAGAAGCAGCAAUAAAAUACCUCAGGGAUGAAAACGAGGCGGACGC